AUGCCUAAUACGACCACUACCACGAAAACAUCACCGUCCCUGAAACGGCUGUUACUAAGUCUGAAAGAUGCACAUUCGACGAUCAACGACAUUUGGAAGUUUGUUUCCGAGUUCAAGGGUGAUACAGCAACGAGCCAAGCGGAGUGUCACGAUGAAUUUGACGACGAGGAUGAUUUUUACGAACAAGAAAAAACAGAUUCCAGAGACCGUUUUUAUCAUGCCAAGGCUUUUCUGAUGGAAAUUCUAAAGAAGGAACGGGAGCAAUCAAUGUCAACUCAAAGUAUUCGAGUGAACGAUAGUAUGCUGCAUGGGACGUUCGGCCAUGUACGUCUACCGCAAAUCAGACUGCAAAACUUUGACGGUAAUAUAGACGAAUGUUUAAGCUUCAGAGAUCUCUACGUAUCACUCAUACACUGCAAGUCAGAUCUGCCUGAUGUGGAGAAAUUUCACUACCUCAAAGGCUGCUUGCAGGGAGAACCGAAAGCUCUUGUCGACCCACUACAACUUACAGGGGCGAAUUACACGAUUGCAUGGGAAAUGUUACUAAGCAGAUAUAAUAACUCCAAACUGUUGAAAAAACGCCAAAUUCAAUCUUUAUUUAAACUACCAAUAAUCACAAAGGAAUCCGCAAGUGAAUUGCAUGUACUUCUCGAUAACUUCGAGAGAGUGGUAAAAACGCUCGACCAAAUCGUAAACCCAGAGGAUUAUAGGGAUCUUCUGCUGAUUAAUAUCCUCACUACACGUCUGGAUCCAACGACACGCCGGGGGUGGGAAGAAAUUUCCGCGAGUAAGGAACAGGAAUCAUUGGCCGAUCUCACCGAUUUUUUACACUGUAGAGUUCAAAUGUUAGAUUCCCUACCAUCGAGAACAGGAGAGAACAAACCUAGUGGCACGUUUAAUCCACCACUAAGACAUCACCCGUCCUUCACCAAACCAAGCUACAGCACAGUACAAACAAGUACAACCCGGUGUUUAUCGUGCGAAGCUUAUCAUUUCCUCUAUCAAUGUGAUGUUUUCCAGCGAAUGACAGUAUCAGAUAGAGAUUCGUUUUUGAAAGCUCAUUCGCUUUGCCGAAACUGUUUUAGAGCGGGUCAUCAUGCAAGGUUGUGCCUAUCACGGAACUCCUGUCGUAAAUGUGGCGGCAGACAUCAUACACUAGUAUGUUUCAGAGGGGAAACCGAGAGUGCUACGACUUCCAAUUCAGCCUCUUCUGUGGAUUCUCCAGCAGUUUCGAUUGCUUCGUCAUCACAAGUGGCUAACACUGCAGCUACUAAUGCAUUGGCAUCAGGUGUUAAUCAUCGAUACGCAUCACAAAUUCUCUUGGCAACAGCAAUUGUUAUUGUUAUCGACGAUGAUGGUAAUCGUUACCCUGUUCGGGCUCUAUUGGAUUCAGGCUCGGAGAGUAAUUUUAUCUCCGAGCGAAUUAGCCAGAAACUCAAGGUACAUAGACAUCGGGCGGAUAUGUCAGUACUCGGUAUAGCAGAAUCCACUACCAACGUCAAACAAACCAUAGAUGCUACGGUUAAAUCGCGUAUCAUGGACUUUUUCGUAACAAUGACCUUUUUAGUAUUGACCAAGGUUACCGUAAAGUUGCCAACAGCAAAUGUGAACACGAAAGGAUGGAAUUUACCAGAAGGAAUACAGUUAGCUGACCCUUCGUUCUGUAUAUCCCAGGCCGUAGAUAUGAUUCUGGGUGUUGAAGCAUUCUUCAGUUUUUUUUGA